AUGGGAUCGACGCGUUCUUCGGGCGCACGCUUGUCUCCAGUGUUAGCCCCGUCAGCCCAGGAGAUCAUCAGAUCGCAGCCCCGUCUGCAACCCUCACCGCUACCACUCCAGCCCAUUCAGAACUCGUCUUUCCAUCCGUCUUCGGGCCCGCACAGGCCAUCGCCGACAAAAGGACUUCACUCCCAAGGCUCACAUUCGCGCCACGGAAAACUCGGUUUCGUCCCCAUAUCCGCUCCCACCCCUCCCAUGUUCACCACCGACUCCCCACCCAAGAAAGCGCCGUUCCACAUCUACUCCCAACCCUCUAUGCCACAUUCUGCCCUCUUCACCACAUUCUCCAGCAUCAAACCACAAUCAUCAAAAGAAACCCGUAUUCCCGAAGGACCAUCCAAUGAGAGUUUCGCGGACUUCCCAGAACCAUCUUAUGAAUCCAAACUUCCAAUGAAGCGCACACUCAUGGAGGCCGCGCCACUCAGAGAGCGUUCCAACAAGAAACAAAAGCGCGACGACGCGCCAGUUGCUUAUCUACCCGAACCUCACGAGAUGCCGCCAGUUGAAGAUGAUGGAACCAAGCCGCCGUACAGCUACGCGACUUUAAUCGGCAUGUCAAUUUUGCGCGCGAAUAACCGACGUCUGACACUGGCCCAAAUCUAUAAAUGGAUUUCUGACACGUUCUCCUACUACAAGAACAGCGAUCCGGGCUGGCAGAACAGUAUUCGCCACAACCUGAGUUUGAACAAGGCAUUUAUUAAACAAGAGCGGCCCAAGGAUGACCCUGGCAAGGGAAACUACUGGGCUAUUGAGGCGGGCAUGGAGGCGCAAUUCCUGAAGGACAAACAAGUGCGCCGUGCUACCAUGUCCAGUCUUCCCCUUCCCGCUGCACCGCAGAGAGAUCUCGUCCCCCAGUCGCAAACAGCAAACACGACGACCUGGAUGGUACCGCCGCAACCCCCGUAUCACGCACCGCCUCAUCACGCUCCCGUCCCAAGGCCACCGCCAAAUGAUUUAUCCUCCGAUGCUACAUUGCCCGCGUCUGACCCAGCCCUUCAAGAUGACGCGGAUGAGGUCGUUCCAGUGCCUGUGACACGUGCGGUGCCUCGUUCCUCGCCACCGCAAACGAUUCGGUCAUCUCCACCCAUCGCUCCUCCCCGAUUUGCCCGGCAGGGUACCCCUCCAACACCGACUCACUCCGGACCUACACCAGCGCCUCGCCCACGCAAGCGAAAGUCCAUUACCAUGAAUGACAGCGGCUACUUCUCGUCCUUGGAGUCCUCGGCUUUCAGGCCAAAUAAAGCGGGACACAUCUUGACAUCUGAUCUAGACAUCGAACCCCCACGGAUCAAGCGCGGCCGUGCCGAGGAAGAAAUCGCUCGCAUGCGCAGCUCCUCUCACGAUAUCAGUCCUGGUCAGCCGGCAGCUCGCAAGAACCCUAACCCGAUUAUCGGUUCAUCGCCUCUCCGCAGCCAAUAUGUCAGCAUGCAGCCACCUCCAUUGACGCCGAUUAUCAAGUUUAAGAAGCCUGCCAAACCGCCACCAUCUGUAUCGCCCAAUACCAACCUCCGCAACCAUCGUCGGAAGAUCCAGCAAAUGGAUGAGGCAUAUACUCCUCAUGAUCAUUUCCAUACCUCCUUCGAUGUUUUCGCCGAUCCUGGAUCGGGACAGGUUUCCUAUGGAUCGCCCGAGAAGCGCUCAUUGAAGCGACCUCGCAACGACAGUGGGAACACUGUUCUAUCAGAUAUCACUUCGGUGAACCUUAAUAGCCGACUCAAUAUGUCCUCGCUAUCCCGUUCCAAGUCAUCAAUCUUCCCUGAGUCGCCGUCCAAGCUUCCGGAUACAAGCCGCUACGGAGAUACUGGCCAGGAAGACUUCUUCUCCUUCCACCUGUUCGACGAGGGCAAUGAUAGCCCAGGAGAAGUCGACGGUGUUGAUCUCUUGCAGGGCUUCCAAAAGAUUGGAGGUAUGAGCAAGGACGAUACUCUCAAGCCUCGGGCGCUUCACUCUCGUCCUCACGUGGGCCACCGCAGCAAUACAACUUUGUUUUAA